ACCCUUGUCUUGUCGAUUUCACUUUUCCUCUGUUCGCCCAUCCAGCAUUCUACUGAAAAUAUAUUCUGAACACCUCUAAAAAACGAAAUAGCGAUUCCUAGAUAUCUGUGUAUCUCCGUAUACGCCUGGCUUUUAUAACUUAUAAAACAAAACAAAAAAACCUCCAUAACUUAAACAAGGCAUGUUCUUUAAAACGUGCUGCCUACAGGUAGUCCAUGAUACACGGUUCCCAUAUUCCCACCCUGGCUCUGAGAACUCUCUCUCUCUUUUGCAAGUCUCUUCAUUUAGCUCUUUGAACCUGUGAUUGGAGGUUAAAGUGCACCAGGUUGCAAUGGAAGGAGGAAGCUCUUAAACAAUAAAGGCUUGAAUAUUUAGCUGUGAUCAGGUCGCUGCCCUCUCCUUAUCUUUUUAAAUGCAAAUCUUCUUUUAGGGGUAGUAGCUAUAUACCCUGCGCGUCUCCACGUCACCUGCCUUUGGUGUGUCUGUGCCAUUACUAAUAGAGCCUUGUAAACAAUCGUUAAUCAUGUAAGGGCUGCCGGCCAAUGGGUUCGGAUCGCUAGUGGCAGAGAGACGGCUCCGCAGAGGCAACCAGGGGGACAGGCCCCCCGCCGGCCCCCCCACCCGAAGGGGAGCCCAUCCCCAAGGAGGAGAAGAGCCGCUCCAGAGCCCGGAGCAGCAUGUGGAGAGCUGCUGCCCGGCUCUCCCCAUCAUGUACGUGAGCUACCUAUUGGACAAGGAGGUGCCCAUGUACUCCAGCUCCGUGCGCCACCCGGGGGGGCUCAACUUGGCGGCGCAGAACUUUGUCAGCGCCCCGCAGUACCCGGACUACGGAGGGUACCAUGUGGCCGCGGCCGGGGUGAACCUGGACAGCGCCCAGUCCCCGGGCCCCUCGUGGCCCUCUCCCUACGGCGCUCCGCUGCGGGAUGACUGGAACGGCUACGGGCAGGGGGGGGUAUGGCUGGGUGAGGAGAAGCAGCGCUCCAGGAGAGGAAAAGAAAGUCCGGGGGUGGUGGGGGUGAAGGUUUGUCAUUUAAUGUACCUGACGAGUUGCUUUCUUUUUGUCCCGGAUUUCUCCUCUCUAGUUAAAACCAGGACAAAAGAUAAGUACCGCGUGGUGUACACGGACCACCAGCGGCUGGAGCUGGAGAAGGAGUUUCAUUACAGCCGGUAUAUAACAAUCCGGAGGAAAGCAGAACUGGCCGCUACGUUGGGAUUGUCAGAGAGGCAGGUAAAAAUCUGGUUUCAGAACAGGCGAGCGAAAGAGCGAAAGAUCAACAAGAAGAAAUUGCAGCAGUCCCAGCCCGGCUCGGUGCACAGCGGCUCCCAACCGCUGAGCCCGGUCUCCUCCCUCCAGGGAUCCACCGGCCCUGGCCCAGCGGGGGGCGUGCUGGGAGCCGCUGGGGUCUUAGCGCCAUCGGUGACCCAGUGACAGGAGCCAGAGACUGAGGAGGAGGGGGGAGGGGGGCUUGUGCUCUCCUUGGCGAACAGCAGCGCGCCAUCGCCAGCCCCCAGCGGGGAAACGUCGCUGGUCAGCCACUGAAACUGACAGAGCCGGGGCUGCGCACGACAGUGGCCGGGCUGAACUCCGGCAGCCACACUCCAGCCCUUUGUACAAAGUGUACAGCGCCUCCGUUGCCUUGUUCGGGGACACACGCGUUUGUUUUUCACACUCGGCGUUUGCAAUACAGUAAAUACCAACAGUCCAGCCCUGAGCCCACAGCGCCCAGCAAUUCUCAAACUCUGCUUCUCGGGGAUCUGGGGUGGAUGGUUUUAUCACGCAGGUUGGGCCAAGGAUGAAUUUUCAUAGCAAAGUGUAAAGCGCGUUUGUCGUUGGCGCCCAUAAACCUUCAGAAUGACCAUCUUGCCUUAUUGCGGGGAAGGUAAGAUAAGACACGGCUCAAAUGUUCAGAAGUGAAUUGCUUAAUGCUGGCCGCUUGUAAAAAUGCUGGUAAAUCUGGUGCUGAGUGUCACCCAGCCCUUCUACACGGUGGAGAAAUUAAGAGGGGACCUCUCCUGUGGAAACAGCAAUUUAGUUACACUUGCAAGAGGGAGGAUCCCCCGAGUGUAAUAUUAUUACCAAGGAGGUUUGGGGACAACGAGAGAGAUUUCAGAUUAUGCCCGGUUUUUCUUCUCCCUUGAGCAGCUCCAUAAAUACAAGCACCUUCCUGGUUUGAAGGCUUUAUUAUGGGUCCAAAAAGAAAAAGAGAAAGCCCCGAGGACAAGCUCUGAGUUGUAAGAUGCCUUCUUCAACAAAGCCUGCAGGAACACACACCUUUGGGGUUGGCCCCUGUCCCUCUUUUUUAUUAAAUGGGGGAGAAAGACCAAAAUACGGAUUCUUCUGCCAGUCCUGGACACAGAUGACAAUCUCUGCUGUCCCUGGGAAAGGUUGGUUUCCACCGUUUUAUUGUAGGAUUUACUCAACUAAUGAGCCAAAAAUCUGGAAAAUUAGUCUUUGAAACACACACAGUCCAAGGCUUUCCACCCAGGGCAGAAACUGCAUGUUCUGGUUGUACCUGGGAUAGGGGGACAGCAGGCCAUUUGCAAUAUACUUUACCCGAGAUUUGCUGUUAGCAACGUGGCUAUUUGAGAUGUCAGACAUGUAAUUGCUCAUGGUAACACGUGAUUUCCUCCCCCCCCCCCCAUUUGACCAAUAAACUUUGGCCAAAGAACACAUUGGUAAGGAGGAUUUGCUCAUGGUGCCAUUCCUAUUCCACCAUACCUGCUAGGAACCUUGUCAGUACCAUUAAUAGAAGUGGGGGAAGAGCCUAUGAAAUGCUCCCUGCUGUUUUUAUUUAUAACCUUUCCAGGCAGGAGCAGUUUUAAAUUCGCAGAUUGCCAGGUGUAAUUUUAGAAAGGCUAUUAAUGCAAGGAGUGGUUUUGGGAGGGGGGCUCUUUUACAACCCACCGUGUUUUUAACCAUGUGCUAGGUCAGGGGCAGACGUCUGCCAGAGCUGAGAGGUUGUGUUUGUGUAGUGUAGUGUUUGCGCUGUGAUCCCACGCGGCAGGGGGUUAAGGAUGUGUCAGAAAUUAGGGUCUUCUGAAAAGAGUCUAGUGCUGCAUGCAGGCUCCUGACAAAGGCUGAGAAGCUGACUUCAUGUGCCAAGCAUGUGAAAGAAACUCCGCCUGGACUCUGCGGUGGCUUUUAGCCCUAUUCUCUUCUCUGAGUGGGUUCUAGUAUAAUUCGUGGAGCAGAGGUUUUGCUGGUGUUUUGGGGUUGUUUUCCUUUUGUUUUUGGACUUAAGCGAGGUUUUGUCUCUGUUGCAGAGUGUGUGUCCUGGUGUCUUUGGAGGAGGCUGCAAGGGGUGUGUGUGUGUGUGCGUGUGUUUAGGAGGUAGGAUGAGGUGUUUAUAAAGCUGUGUGCAGCAUCCCUGAUAUGUGACGACCUGGCCGGUGGGUUGCAACAGGGAAUGGGUGGAAAGGCCCUUGCCAUUGAAAAUAUCAUUUUAACCCCCUCAAAGCGCAGCUUAGCAGCGUGUCACGGGCGCUGCCCGGGGACUGGCCCCUGAAGCUAGGGGAAGAGGGAGUGGAGGGACGUGCUUGCUAAGUUUUCACAUUUUCAGGUGCUCUCUCGUCAGCCCCGUUUCAUUGGAGCCUGAGCAGUCAGGGCCCCCUGCCUCCCAAGCUAAAGAGGAUCACUCAUGCGGCGCCUCUCCCCCUCCUCCCGGAACCCCCUGCGAGGCAGGACUGCAGGAUCCGGCCUCAGUUCAAACCAGAGCUGGCGGUGCGGGCUGGCAUGGAAGGCCUGUGCCCGGGGCGCGCUGGGAAAAGACUCUGCCAGCCCUGACUCCGGGGCGCAGCCUUUGCGAGGUUGCCCUCUGGUGCUCCGGGGGCCGCGCCCGCAGGCCAGUGAUCUUCCUGCUCCCCCGGGCUGCGGCUGGCGGCGGCGGCUGCCUCAGUUGCUAUGCGUUGCUGUGAAACGCCUGUCAAUAAACCGUGUUUGGAUUGUGGAGCAGAGCGCAAGGUUUGUUUGCUUAGUGGUUAGAGGUUCAAAAGUCGGCAUUGUCCUACUGCGAACGAUCCCAAGCUCGCUCUCCCGCAGGAAAACUGCCGGGGGGGGCGGGGAUGUCCGUGACUUGAUUCUGGGCCCAUUUAUUUGCUUCCCGGAAUAAUUAAUGGCAGAGCAAGAAAGAUGACCACUGAGUUAUGAAAGGCCAUCAGCAAGGAAACUAAACACAACUGAUAUAUGGCUGUAAUACAGCGCCCUUUACCGGGGUUUUGCUGGUAUUUUCCCAUUCUGCUGGUGCUAAGCUGGGGGUGUCUCCGCUUGCAGGGCUGACAAAGCCGUGGGUUUCCCAUUGCUAGAGGCCAGGGGAAGAAAUAAAAGAAUAAAGAGGGUGGCCACUGGGAAAUCUUCCCCUCCAGUGGAAUGUGUAGAACAGUCUCCAAAGAAAAAACCCUGGUGACUCACCUUUUGCCACGUUUAACUGUACUUUUUGCAACCGAUGUUUUAAACGUGUCCUUUUUGAAGUGGUUUUAUUUUUUCCUUACAAAUAUCGGGAAUAUAAGGCCCUACCCGUCUUUCCCAGAGGACUGGGAGAAAUCGGAAAUUGGUUACUGGAACGUCUCUAUUUCUAUAUUUUUAUUAGCCUCUGAGGUGAUACUGGAUUUUUUUUUUAAACUACAGACAAACACGGCUACCUCUCUGGGCCUUCCCUGAAUGGAAGAGGUGGAAGUCUUUAAUCUUUAAAAAGAAAAUAUUUUUUUCCACAAUGUGAAUCGUUAGGAUCGAAUAAGUGUAGAUAAAGCUGGACUAUAAACGGCCUGACAAAAUGCCUGUUUCUUUCUUGGUGUCUCAGGACUCCUUUCUUGACCCUUGGGACAGCAAUUACUAGUUCUCUAGUUACUACAGCAUCUUCCAGAUUAGACAAGACUCCAUUUUCUCCAAAGAACCCUAAAUGCCAACCUCUCCACGCCCGAUUUAAAACAUUUAUAUAGAAAAAUGUUCCAGAUCUUCCUGUUCCCUAUGCAUCAUAAAAGUGUGCGAGAGGGCACGUGCUUUUUGUUGGGUUUUUGUUCAUUGCAGGUGAUUUUUGAAAGUGGUCAAGACAAAGCCCUGGCAGAUACACUGUGGGGUGAGCCUCCCCGCCCCCUUGGUCCAUGGAAGCUGGAAUAUGAUUUUACCAGACUGUCCCCCCAUUUUUUAUUCAGAAGAUUCUAGGAUUCUGGUGAUAGGACGUAAAUAAGUUUACGUGCUACUAUGGCACCUACCAGAUAAGUUUUGAAAGCAUGUGUGUUGGAAGCAUCCUCACAGCACCCCUGUGCUGUAUGAAAGCACAAUUGCCUCCCUUGUCCAGGUGGGAAAAAGGAGACAUGUGCUUAGAAUAGAUGAAU